AUGGAGAAAGAGCUGAUAGAUGUUUUGAAGAACAUGCAGCAAACGGAAGAAGAAGAGUUGCAGAUCUCAGUUUCGGAAGAAGGCAGAGCACAGGUAAUAGAGGAGUGUUCUCAGAGUUUGAUGGGAAAGGUGUUGACGGACAGAAAGCAAAACCUGCGUGCUCUGAAGAAUACUUUAAGGACUGCUUGGAAAAUUGGUCAGGAUUUAAAGAUUGUGGAAGUUGGAAGUGAUAUCCUUCAAUUCAAGUUUGCCAAUGAAUAUCAGCUAAGGUGGGUUGAAACAAAUGGGCCAUGGAACUUUGAAAAUAACCUUCUAUUGCUCAAAAGAUGGGAGAGGGGAAUGACGGCAAGUAAUAUUUCUUUUACCCACUCUCCUUUUUGGGUACAAAUUUGGGGUUUGCCUUUUGAUAUGAUGACAGAGAAGAUAGGAAAGGAGAUAGCCAGUAAUUUGGGGAUUUUUAUGACAGUAGAUACAAGAUCAUGGAUGUCAGAGCAAGCCAAGUUCAUGAGGGUGAAGGUGAAUCUUUCGCUGGAAAAACUCCUAAGAAGAUGUGGAAAGGUUGCUAGUCCAGAGGGGGAGAGUUUUUGCAUCCAAUUUUGGUAUGAAAGGUUGCCGAUUUUCUGCUUCAGAUGUGGAGUAAUGGGGCACGAUGAGCGACAUUGCAAGAAAAGUGGCCAACAAAAUCAAGCUCUGCAAUAUGGUGAAUGGUUAAGGGCUCAAGGUGGAGGAAAAGCUAAAUAUACAAAAGAAGAACAAAGAAGGAGUCCUCUAAACCAGCAAGCUGAUGACACGGCAAUGCAAGAAAGGAUGCAGUUUGGGGCGGAAGACGGGGGCUACUCCUAUUCCCGUGGCGGUGCACAAUUCAGGGACAAUCUUGGAAAUGAAAAAAGAGGAAGUCUUGUUUCAAUGACGUCAGAGGAAGGUGAGCACGCCACGCAAGAGGUAUGUCAAUUUCAAUUUCAAAUUCAAAAUGGUAGACAUGAUGAGAUAGAAGCAAGGAAAAAAAAGGAAAAUAUCCACGGUGAAGAGGGAAAAGAAAAUAACCAAAAUAUGGGGCCGGCCCAAACCUUUAUGUCAACAGUAGGAUGUGAAAAUGGGGUAAGUGGGAUAACCCACAUGGGCCGGGUAGAAGUAAAAAAUAUAGAGUUUCAGGAAGUUAAUAGCCCAGUUAAAAUGGAUAUUGGGCUUAGUCUAGAAAAGGAAAAUAAUGAUGUGGAAAAUAAAACACAGAAAAAUAAGGGUAAACUGAAGAAGCUGGCCCGUGGUCAGAACAAAGAAUUUGAAAUGGGAAGGGAUGCAGCUAGUAAUAUAGUAGGAGUAAAGAGAACUCUCUGGGCAGAUGAGGAAAUGGUUGAUGGAGGAAGGCAGAAAAGUUUUGUGGCAGUAACACAACCCCAUUUGAGCUAUCGGUGGUUUCUGUAG